AUGGCUAAAAUAAUUGAUAAUUUUAUACUUCUAGAAACAAUCGCUCAAGGAACAUUUGGUGAAAUACAUAAAGGUAGAAAUUUAAUAUCAAAAGAUGCUGUCGCAAAUUUCUUCGUAUGCAAAACACUAAACCAAAACGCAGUUUUUAAUAAAAAAUUUGAUUCUUUUUUACAUCAAAAUUUCCAUUACAUUGCCCCUGAAUUACUCAUUCCUUCUACAAAUAAUAAUAACGAUUUUUCUAAUGAUGUUUUUAGUUUAGGAGUAGUACUCUAUGAAAUGCUUUUUGGCACACUUCCUUUCGAAAAAUAUGCUAAUUCUAAAGAAGAUUUAAUCUCAUUUUACUAAAACAAUAACAUUUUAAAUAUUUUGUAAUAAGAUGUUAAACUUUUGAGUGAAAAAAUGUCUUUUUUAAUUACUAAAAUGAUCACUUUGGAACCUGAGCUUAGGAUUUAAUGGUAAAAUAUAAAUGAAAUUAUACAAGAACAGCCUUAGUAAUUAUAAUCUCCUCCUCCACACCCUACUCCUCCUUAAUAGCAUUAAUAAAUAUAGGAAGAGGAUGUACUUUUUGAUGUUUCUAAAGAGCUUUCUGCUUAAACUAAAAGUAGAAAAUAGUUGAUUUUGGCUCAUUUUUUAGCUGAUAUUGCUUGUAUAGACAUUAUGUAUACCAAAUUUUUGGGAAAAAAAAGAUUAGAUACACUCAAUCAUCCUUAUUUUAAAAAACUCAAUGAAAUUUCCCUUGAUAAGCUCCUAGAAAACUUAGAAAAUAAAUUUAAAUUAUAUGAAUAUCACAGAAAUGAAUGA